GGGGACCUCAGACUCCGCCCACAUGUGUCGCGCGCAGUCAGUCAGGAAAAGGGGGUGAAGAAGAUGGCGGAUGUGGAGGAGCAGCUGUCUGAUGAGGAGAAGGUACGUGUAGCAGCACAAUUCAUUAUCCAUUCUCCACCAGGGGAGUUCAACGAAGUAUUUAAUGAUGUUCGGUUCCUACUUAACAAUGACAACUUACUCAGGGAAGGUGCUGCUCAUGCUUUUGCACAGUACAACUUGGAUCAGUUCACGCCAGUAAAAGUUGAAGGCUAUGAAGAUCAGGUGUUAAUAACUGAGCACGGAGACCUGGGUAAUGGGAGGUUUUUGGAUCCAAAGAACAAGAUUGCAUUCAGAUUUGAUCACUUAAGAAAGGAAGCCAGCGAUCCCAGGCCCCAUGAGGGAGAAAAUGCCAUAGAAUCCUGGAGGAAUGUUGUGGACACCGCAGUGAGAUCCUAUGUGAAAGAUCAUUAUCCCAAUGGAGUUAGUACUGUAUACGGUAAAACAAUUGAUGGACAGCAAACAAUAAUUGUAUGUAUUGAGAGUCAUCAGUUUCAAGCUAAAAACUUCUGGAAUGGACGCUGGAGGUCAGAAUGGAAAUUUACCAUAACACAAUCUACUACAAAGGUGGUGGGACUUUUAAAAAUUCAGGUCCAUUAUUAUGAAGAUGGAAAUGUACAGUUGGUGAGCCAUAAAGAUGUUGAAGAAUCACUAACGGUUUCUAAUGAAACUCAGACUGCAAAGGAGUUCAUAAAAAUUAUAGAAGAUGCUGAAAAUGAAUACCAGACUGCAAUCAGUGAGAACUACCAGACUAUGUCUGACACUACUUUCAAAGCCUUACGUCGUCAGCUGCCAGUGACACGCACAAAAAUUGACUGGAACAAGAUUCUUAGUUACAAAAUUGGGAAAGAAAUGCAAAAUGCCUAACAGGAAUGGUGUAUGAAUGGAUUUUAGUGUCUGUAUACAUACAAAUAAACAUGGUUGUGAAGUUUUUUCAAGCUGCCAGCAAGCUUGGUUAGGAUGGCUCUUUGCUUUAAAAAAUUAAAUACUGUAAUUAAAUUCAGCUACAGCACAAGAUUCACAUUAUGAAUUCAUUUUUAUUUCAAGGGUUGGUACAUGUACUACAUUUUGAGGCAUUUCUACUAUGUUCAACCUUUUAGGAGGACAAAAUGCUUCUUUGUUUUUUUUUUUUUAUGACUUUUCUAAAAUGAACUUGCAUUUGUAAAAUUCGGUUGUUACUGCAGUUCUAAAAAGAAACUAAUUCUUGUGCCAGUGUGGAACAAAAGUGCUCAUUAUGGCUUCAGUAUUCAUUGAUAUAGAUAGUGUGGCCAUAUGUAAUGUGCUAGAAGCUUAUUGGCUUCCAUCUCCUCACUAAGUGGGAAACAAAGCUUCAUUGACUUAUUAUAUUGUUCUGUUAAACUAAUACCUUACUUAAAAAAACAUGCAAGGCCAAGUUCUUAUGUUUUUGUUAUUUCAGAAUUUUCCGUCAGUGUUUAAGUAUAUUAAAUGAUUUUGUUUUUGUGAUGGUGCUUUUAAAUUGGUUUGAAAUGAAUCUACCAGGCUAAAACUUCCUACUGUCCACUGUAUAGCAUCCAAUGUAUUAUAACAAAACAAAUUGUAAUAUAUUUAAUCCAGUACUUG